GUAGUGAAUAUGAUUAUAUUGUUGCUUAAAGGUUGCAAUGGUUGGGCUUCUUAUCUCUCUCUCCUUUAUCCUGUGUCAGUGUAUAGAGUGAGAGAAAGAGAGGAACAAGUCAUAUCUCAAAGGAAUUCCAUCCCCAUCCCCAUGCCAUGCUCCACUUUCAUCUCCGCUGCUUAUUAACAUAACCUAUUCCUUUUCUUUCUUCUUUUCUAUUUUAUUUAUAUUAAAAAAAAAAGAAAGAAAGAAAGGUAAACCCCACACAUAUUUUAUUUUAUUUUUCUUUUUUCAUAAUAUGAGUGAGAAAACGAUCAUGGAGCCUGACCACCAUCAAAAUGGGAUCCGCACCAGACCUAAUUUUCCACUCCAACUCUUAGACAACAAGAAAGAUGAUCUUCAGCAACCGCCGCCAUCAGAGGAUGGACCCGCCGCUGCUGCCAAGAAGCUGCCGCCAAAGCGAGCUUCCACAAAAGACAGGCACACCAAGGUCGACGGUCGCGGCCGACGGAUCCGUAUGCCGGCUGCGGCUGCUGCCAGGGUGUUCCAGCUGACGCGGGAGCUCGGCCACAAGUCUGACGGGGAGACCAUCGAGUGGCUCCUCCAACAGGCUGAGCCCUCCGUCAUCGCGGCCACCGGAACCGGUACUAUCCCUGCAAACUUCACUUCCCUCAACAUCACGCUUAGAAGCUCAGGAUCCACCAUCUCUUCCCCCUCUCACUACUUCAGAGGCGCCACCGCCACCGCUACACCGUACCUUAGCCACGCAGCCAGCUUCUCCGCCGCUAGGAGCCGCAGCGAAUGGGUGAGGAACGUGGCGGUGGAAGAUUAUUCUAGAAGAGUCAUGUUCUCCGGCAGUGACAAUAGUAAUAAUAAUAACAACUCUGCUGCUGCUGCUACUACUGUCUUGAAUUUCAACAACGCUGUUAAUGAUAUUAUGCAAAGCAAGCAAGAGGCUCGGGAAGAGCCCUGUAGCGGUGACGGUGGCGGCGGAGGAGAUGCUUUGGGGAGGAAGAGAAGGCAAGAGGAGGUGUUCUCACAGCACCAGGGUACUCAGAUGAUGGGUAGCUACUUGUUACAGUCGAGUUCUGGGUCAAUUCCGGCGACUCAUGCUUCUAUUCCGGCGACUUUUUGGAUGAUGGGCGGCGGUGGAGUUGGUGGUGGCAGUGGUAAUAAUGGCGGUGACCCAAUUUGGGCAAUACCAACCGUUGGUAACAAUAGUAGCAUGUAUAAAGGGGCUAUGUCUGGUGGCAGCGGCGGCAACGGUGCCGGCGGCAUUCAUUUCAUGAAUUUUGCUUCUCCAAUGGCUCUAUUGCAAGCUCAACAACUAGGAGGCGGAGGAGGAGGAGGCGGCGGCAGUGCAGUGCUGAGUGAAAGUAACCUGGGAAUGCUUGCAGCUCUUAAUGCAUACAGGCCUAUUAUGGCUAACGGCAGCGGCGGCCAACACUCACCCCAUGGAGAUGGAGGAGAUCAAGAAAGUCAACCCUGAGGAUCAAAUGGUCGUUACAGAUUUAAAGCACAAGUUUAGUUGCUUAGCGAGUUGAAUGUUCUCGGUUUUGGUUUGAUUUUGCUGAGGAUCCAUGUAUGUUAGUUAGGGUUUGAGAAGAAAGCACACAUAUUUAUAUACAUAUAUAUGUUUUUACCAUGGCAAUCAA